UUUAGAAGAACCCAGUUUGAUCCAUCCAAAUAGUUUCUAGUUGUGUUUUACAAAAUUCAAAAUUAUGAGCGUAAAAAACGUGAAAUCAGAAGUGUUGAAGAUGCAGACCCAACCGGAAGCUGAAAUCUAUGUGCCAGUAAUCCGUACACCACUACUUAAGCUUCAGCAAUCUAAUACCGUACUGCGUAACUCGAACAGACGCAGCUGUUCCAGCGCGAUUGAUAGUAAUACUAUCUCGACUACCAACACUCCAAAGACGGGGACCAGACGGCGUGUUUCUCACUGUUGCAUACUGGACACUCCAACCAAGGAUGAAGCGCAGCAGACAAUUCACCAGUUAGGCAAGCUUCCAUUCUACCUUCGUAGCAAAAGAAAGACAAUGGCAACCGGUAAGGUAAGGCUCAAUAAGUCACCGAUGAAGAAACAGCAGCAAAAGGCAACAGACAAGCAGACUAAGGUAAGCAUGGCAUUGCCUCGUAAAUCUCCACGCAAAUUAGGCGAACAACGAAGGCAGAAUGCUACGACGAAAUCAAAGUUGAACAAGGAGAAGUCCGUACGGCAGGACGUUAUCGGAGUACCUGGUCCAUCUGUGAUGAACUCGGAACAAGCAGCUUCACAAGACGACUGUUGUGAGAAGCUGAGACAGCUCCAGAAGAAGUGUGACCAGCACGAAGCGGACUGUAGAGCGAAACAGGAUCGUAUCACGGAACUGGAAACUGAAUUGAAUGCAAAGUGUGAAAUAAUCGAGAGGUUUCAAAACAGUGAGAAUACUUCUGAGUUAAUAUCGACGACACAAAAUAUGACUGCGAACAAGGAAAUGCCGAUAGCCGAAAAGCAUUCGGAAUUGGAAGUAGAUUUUGACUAUGAUCAUAGUCAAAGCGACAACAAGGUACUUGAUUUAAGAUCACGAGUUGAAAACUUGGAGCAAAAUCUAGCGAAUGUUAGAGUGUGUGUCCUGAAGAAGGAACGGAGAAUAUCUGAGCUCUUGGAGGAAAGAGAUCAGAGGAUGAGUGAACUGGAUAGACUAAAAAAACGAUGUGAAGAAUUGACUCAACAAACACUACAGCUUCAAAAGGAAGACCUGGAAAACAUUAUUGCCCUAACUUUGGAACUUCAUGAGCAACAAACAAACAUGCGUGUGCUGCAAAAAGAAAAUGAUAAGUUACGCAUCGGCAAGAAUAUAUUUAGGAAAGUGGAACAGUUCGACAACGUAGAGCUGUUGAAGAGCAUCAGAAAAAGCAAAACUCUAUUCGAGGCACGGUGUCGGGAGAACCCGAAACAGGGGAAUGAAGCAGAGGUAACUGAGGUAGAACUCAAGGCAAUGGUCGAUAGAAUCGAACAGAAGAACCGCUUAUCUGAGGCGGUGCGUAACAGUUUACUCGAUACGGUAAUACGACUAAAACGGGAGAACAGGCAGAUGCAUGAUAAAAUGAUGGAAUACGGCUCGAAUUUGCCAAUAAAGUCAAUUGAUGAGUUUACAAAAGAAAAUAAUUCAGUGAAUAACGAAAAUAUAGAUCGAUUAGGCCCUACUAGCUUGUAGAUAGAUGAUAACGCACUCAAUAAAUCGUUUUUAUACUUAAA